AUGUUUCGAGGCCAAGGUGUUUGGUUUUACUUUGUGGUUUUCCUGGUCCUGGUAACUGCUAGGCCAAAAGUGAACUUCCGUAUAGGCAAAGCAGGAGGAAAUUUUCCUUCGGAAUCCUCAUCAUCUACAGAAUCCUCGACAAAAUCAUCUACAAGUUCCAGCAUACAAACUUCUCCGGUGACCACAGAAUCUACAACAACCUCUACAAAGACCACUAUCAUAAUACCUACAAGUUCUAGUAAACAGACCUCUACGGUGGCCACAGAAUCUUCAACAAUCUCUACACCUAUGACCAGUACAGUAAUACCUACAAGUUCCAGCAAACAAACUACAGAGGUCACCACCCAAAAAUCCACAUCUACAACAACUAAGCUGAAACCAACUCAAGAGUCAGAUGAGGAUUCAGAAGAAGAUUCUUCUUACGAUGAAUGCUGUGAUUAUUCGGAUUGGUUGGACUAUUUUUACGAUUAUUGUUGCUUUUAG